AUGAAUAUUAAUAAUGCUGCGGUAAAUGCUUGCCAAGCUAUAGGUAUUGGACAUACACAGUUAGCAGAACUAUCAGGAUUUCUUGAUUUGCCUGCAUUGUCGAGUACUGGUUUUUUGCGUGUUCAAACCGAGGUAGCUGAAAUAAUUCACGCUACAGCUUGGGACGAAAUGAAGAAAGCCGGUGAAGAAGAAAGGAGAUUGGCAAUAGAAUCUGGUAGCUUGGAUGUGGAUGGGAUACCAAUUAUUACAGUGGUCGCGGACGGGCAAUGGUCCAAGCGAAGCUAUAAAACCAAGUACGAUGCACUAUCAGGCGCGGCAUCAAUAAUUGGUUAUAGAACCCAAAAAGUUUUAUUUGUCGGGAUUCGAAAUAAAUAUUGCAUAAUUUGUCAAAGGUCUUCAAGUAUGAAGGAUAAAGAAAAACCUGUACAUACAUGUUUCCUCAACUGGAAAAAGGCUUCAACUUGCAUGGAAGCAGAUGGUGUGCUACAAGGAUUUUCCAACAGCGUUGAAAUGCAUGGUCUUAAAUACAAUUGUUUAAUUGGUGAUGGAGAUAGUAGCGUUACUAAGCGGUUAGCCGAAAGUCGACCAUAUGGCUUUAACUUUACAAUAAGAAAAAUUGAGUGUAAAAACCAUCUUAUGAGAAAUUAUGCUUCGAAACUAACAACACUAGCUAGAAAUUCGAGUUACCCUCUUCGUGUUCGCAAAUUUAUAUUAUCAAAGAUUAAGAGAUUUAGAUGUGAUGUUCAGAUGGCAGCAUUACAUUGGAGAAAAGAAAUCAAUACUACCAAAACACAAAAAAUUAAAGGUCUCAGAAGUGAUUUAAUCAAUGCACCAUAUCACAGAAUUGUCCCAGAAGCUGAAACUAGUGGAAUGAUGAGGGAAAUAGUGAACAUUGCUUCAAGGCUUGUAACUAACGCGGAAAGUUUAUUAGAAAAUAAGACUUCUAAUAUCUGUGAACAGUUUAAUUCUGUUAUUAAUAAACACAUUGCCGGAAAACGAUUGAAUUUUAGUAGUAGAGGUAAUUAUAAUACGAGAGUAGAAGCUGCGAUUGUGUCAUUUAAUUCCAAACAAUAUUUAAGACAAAUUCAUAAAACAUUAACUAAAUGUAGUCCAGGAAUAUUUGGAAAAAAGUUUUUGAAGAACAGUCAAAGAAUACGGCUUAAUACCAGUAAAAGAAGGCAAUUAUUUCCGGAAAAAAGAAAAGCUAAAAAAUCUAAAACGGAUGGAGAAGACGAAGAUUAUGGACUGGCUGAACCUCUAAUAGAAUUUUUUUCAUCAGAAGAAAUGGAAAACAAAAAAAUUACAUUUUUAGAAGAAUUAGGUCGAGCUGAUGUAAAAAAAAUCGAAUUUGAAACUCGAGAACAAAGCAACAGUGAAAUGUGGUACAACGAACGUAAAAUACGACUAACAGCUUCAAGAUUUGGUCAAAUUUGUAAAAUGCGGUCAAACACUAGCUGCAAAAAUGUAGUUCAUAAUAUUUUAUAUGCUUCUGACAGUCUACAAACAAAAUCGGUACAGUAUGGUAGAGAAAUGGAGACUUUAGCUCGUCAAAAAUUUGAACAAUUGUCGAAAGAAAAAGUUUAUGAGAAUGGUUUGAUUAUAGAUCCAGAAUUUCCAUUUCUAGCUGCCAGCCCAGAUGGUGAACAUUAUUUAUUGGAAAUAAAAUGUCCAUAUUCUGCUCGUGAUUCAAUCGAUGCCAUUGAAGCAGUGAACAGUAAACUUCUACAAUAUUGCAAAGUUGAAGGGCAAGAAAUUAAAUUGAAAAAAGAACACGUAUAUUACUACCAAAUAAUGGGACAAUUACACGCUACUAAAAGAAAAAAAUGCUUUUUUGUGAUAUACACUGCCAAAUGGAUCAGUAUAGAAGAAAUAUACUUUGAUCAAUCAUUUUGGGAUUCUAAAAUGUCUGAACCGCUACAAACGUUUUAUAUGAAGUCUUUAUUACCCGAAAUUAUUGAUCCACAAUUCCCUAAAAGAAUGCUGAAAUCAGAUAUUCGAGAACCAGACCACAUAAAAAAAAAAAUGAUUAUAAAAAAAAAUUAA